AUGAGGAUCCAAUCCCUGAAUAUGACAAAAAAUCAAGAACCAGUAAAGAGUAAGUCAAAACCAUUUUCACGAUUUAUCCCUAAUGAAACUUCAGCAUUAUCGGUGUCAAUUCCCAAAUCAAAGGCGAAAGGGAUUAAAACAAAAAGACCCUGCACAUUUUGUAAUAAAGAUCAUUGGGAUAAUGAGUGUCAGGUUUACUCAACAGUAAAACAAAGGACGAAACGUUUGAAGGAAUUAAAGGCCUGUUUGAACUGUUUUGAUAAUAGUCACAAGACGACGGAUUGUAAAAGCAGAAAACGUUCCUGUUUUUACUGCAAAGGCCCUCACAACACAGCACUAUGCGAAGAGAAAUAUCAAGGGCAUGACGAAUCAAAUAAAAAAGAAUCCAAGUCCGUGAACGUCAAUAUUACAAACAAAAACCAAAUGGAUCAAAGGGAAAAAGAAGAGAUUCGAAGCGAAGCUAUAGUACUCUUCGAUACUGGUGCGCAAACAUCGUUUGUAUCAAAAAAAUUGGCGCAAAAAUUGAAAUUAGAGGUUGAUGAAAGUGGAGUCAUGAGGAUUGCCUCAUUCAGCAACAAAUACUCAACUUCAUCUCCGUACUAUACAACGGUUAUUGGAGUAAAAACCACUGACUCCCAGACCAUAUCCCUCAAAGUGAAGGUGAUAGAAUAUUUAACCAACUCACUGCCGGUAAUUCCAUUAGACCAACUGGACAUACCAAGUAUCUCGAAUGAAUCAAAUUCAAUUAGACAGAAAUGCGUAGAACGCCCCGAUAUACUUAUCGGAGCUGACUACUUCUCUCAGUUCAUCCCAUUUAAACAAUACCAAGUUAUACCAAGAUCAGGAUUUUUCUUGAUAAAUACUAAGGGACAGAGGAUGCUCUGA